AUGGGGAUAAUAUUGGAUAAGACAGCCAGGAUACCAAGCCUGGAGGACGGGAAGCAGUACGAGUUCCUGGGCGUGCUUGAGAGUGUUAUGCAGCACUAUGAACUGAUCUUGGAGUGAGCAGCCAAGGAGUACCUCCGACAGAUGUCAGUCGUUUGGAAGAAUACGAUAUUGUACCUACCGCAUGAGAAGGGGUGGGGGGGGGGGGGCACAGGUGGUUACCAACGGGAGGCCAGUGGAGAAAAGGGCCCGGAAAUUUAGGGGUGCUUUUAGACCUAAUUUAAGGGGGGACCUGCCCAUAAAGGGGGCAGGGUUUUUGAGGGUGGAGGGGGGAAAGCGGGAGGGGGGAAAGAGAGGGCGGCAUAGGAGUGGUAGUGGGCAGGACAGGGGGGGGGGGGCGGGGGGGGGGGGGGGGGAGGCGGGUGGGUGGGUGGGGGCGUGAGGUGGUGAUGGGGCUGGCGGGACAGGGUGGUGGGGGGGACGGGGGCGGGGCGGCCGGCUUGGGGGUUAAGGGGUUGAGGAGAGCUGGUGUGGGGCGGGGGGGGGGGGGGGGGGGGGGGGGGGGGGGGGGCACAGAUGUUUACGAUCGGUAGCCAAUGGAAUAUAAGGCCACGAAUAUUAAGGGUGCAUUUAGACCCUAUUUUAGUGGAGACCUGGCCAUAAAAUGGUCCAGGAUUUUGAAGUGUGAGGGGAGGAAACGGGACGGAGGUCCAUGGUGAGACAGGCGUUUAGGUUCGCGGAGGAGCUCUAUGUCGAGCUUAAUUUCGAGCAUUUCCGUACAGUCAAGAAGGAAGUGCGAAAGUGUCAAGUAGAGAGGCUAGAAAUAGGAAGUUGGCAAUCAGCGAUGGCAGGGACGUAUUGUGAUACAACUAGGGUACAGGACGGAAGGUUGAGCGCUAGUGGAUGUUUUUGGUGGCCGUGACAGAGUAGAAGUCCUGUCAACACACACAAUCGCCAGCAUGUUUGAACUGUACGAACAACUGUUACCAACUCGAUCAUAUGCAAGUCAGAAGACCCAUACAAGUUCAGAGGGUGAGGCGUGUGCAGCUUUAAAGGUACAGGGUGCUGCUUGAUUUGGGACUCGUAGAUGAAAUUCCUCCCAGGUACUCCCCGACCAAGCCUGUACACGAGUCGGAUGACGUACAAGCUUUUUGGGACGUGCCAGUUUUUGCAGAUCAUGAAGAGGUG